AUGGAUAUAUCUGCACCAAAAGACAAUGCUUGUAUACUUUCUAGUCCUUUAUCAUCUCCAAAUGUUAGUGCCCUUCUCAAGAUCAAGAUCAUUUCAUGGAGCCAAGAAACAGGCUUGCCAGCGUCAGUUUGUGUUCGUGUUGCUGGCAGAAUUUUCAAUCUUCAUAAGUAUCCCUUGUUUUCAAAGAGUGGAUACUUUAGCCGAAAAUUAACUGAGUCAAAUGAACUUGAGAUACCACAAGAUUUCCCAGGAGGGCAUGAGACUUUUGAAAUGAUCUCACUUUUUAUCUAUGGCUCGUCCACCUUAGUCGACCCUUUUAACGUUGCAGCCUUAAGAUGUGCAGCUGAAUAUCUUGAAAUGACGGAAGAGUAUAGCUCAGGGAACCUAUGUGAGCGUUUCGAUAUAUAUUUAAAUCAAGUUGUAUUACAAAGCUGGGAGGACACCCUUAUUGUCCUCCAAAGAUGUCAAUCACUUGACCCAUGGGCCGAAGAGCUCUUAAUUGUGAGCCGGUGCAUUGAAUCUUUAGCCUUCAUGGCUUGCAUGGAGAUUCUUGAUCCAGAAAGAAGAAGAGACCAACCUGUUGUAACUUUAGAAGCUUUAAGCACUAAAAAAUGGAGCUCUGAAAUGGUUCAAGAAAUUAUGAGCCAAGAUGUGUGGAUUAAGGACCUAAUAGCACUCCCAUUCGGGUUUUUUAAAAGGGUAAUCGGGUCUUUACGGAGACAGGGUAUGAAAGAAAAGUAUGUUAGCCCGGUUAUAUUAUUUUACGCGAAUUGUUUACUUUCUGUUGAAAAAGGUAGACAAGAAGAUAUAGCUGUAUUACUACAAGGGGUUCUUGAUUUACUUCAAAAGGGCGAAAAGGGUAGUAGAAUCAUUCCAGUUGGAUUUUAUUUCAGAUUACUCUCUAGAUCACUAAAGCUUAAUUUAGAUAAAGAGUACAUCAUAAAGUUACAAAAUCAGAUAUCUGGGGUGUUGCAUACGGCUCAAGUUGAAGAUUUUCUUUUCCCGGAAAAAGGAAUAGAUGAUGUAUCGAAUAGCGUUGAGAUGGCCACUAUGGAGAGCAUUUUUUCGACUUAUGUUGCCUUUAACAUGUGUGCAAAUAACAACCUUCCUUCUCCAUAUCAUUCUGUUGUUGCAGAAUUAUGGGAUGCAUAUAUCAUGCGUAUAGCCAAUGACACAAAAAUGAGCUCAAAAAGAUUCAUGGAACUCAUUGAAAUCAUACCAACGGCAUCUAGGCAAAAUCAUGAUCAUCUUUAUAAAGCAUUGAACAUUUUUCUACAGCUGCACACUGAAUUGUCACAAGACGAAAAGAGUACAGUAUGUAAAUACCUCAACUGCCAGAAACUAUCUAAUGAAGUUUGUGUAGAAGCAGUCCAAAAUGAAUUGAUGCCACUGCGGUUAAUAGUCCAAGCACUGUUUGUUCAACAGUUGAGUACACACAAAGCAUUAAAGGAAUGCUCUGACUCGUUCAGAUAUGCACACCAUGGAGACUUCUCAGGAAGCCUUCCAAGUUCAAGAUAUGCAAAUUCAAGAAGCCAUUAUCUUGCAGAAAGUCCUUGUGUUGAUGGAGAAGACGCAAGAAAUCUACCACUAAGUUUCUUGUUACAAAAAGAUUUAGCAUCUGAAAACCCCGAGUUUUGCAAAACAGAAUAUGAGUCUACAAGCUUUAGAAUUCAGACACUUGAAUAUCAGCUGAUGACCCUGAAAAGAAGCCUUCAAUUGCAAAACACAUCCAAGAAAAGAGAACAAAUUUCCAAUAAAGUGGAGCCGGUGAGACCUUAUGGGCUAGAGGGAAGAACAAUGAGUAAGAAGAGAAACCCUCUCGGACAAGUGACUAGCUGCAUUGGGACAGUGAAUUUUGCAUCACAAAGGAAGUAUGCUAGUAAGUUACUGAAGGUGUUUAGAAGAUUUAGUUUGUUUGGUAGAACAAAACCAAAAAGAAAACAAUGUGUAAAUGGUGUACACCCAAAAUCUGUGUAA